UAUGCGAUGAACCACUUAUAUACAGGCAGCCACAUUGACCGUCCUAGUACGUACAUUGUUUGCGCCAGCUCUAUAAUAUGGGUCCUUCUUCAGGCUGUCAAAUGUGGUUAAAAAAACAUAGGAAAGUAGGGUAGUGAACAAGGGGCUGACUGUUUGCAAAACUGCCAUGUUUAGGAUCAUAUGGACAUUUCAAUUCUGCACCAUUUACACGUGAAUCUUCUUCUAUUGAAAACAAGUGACGCGUGAAGGGCAACCGUUUUUGUAUAUUGAACCCUUUUAAUGAUGGAUAACUUCCUGGGCAUGUAUGAAGAACCAGCCGAUUCAACGAAACAGCAGGAAAGGCAUUACUAUCUCCUGUCGGAGCUCCAGAACCUUGUUAAAGACUUGCCCAGUUCAUUCCAGCAACGCCUGUCGUACACCAUGCUAAGUGAUCUGGCAUUGGCACUGAUUGAUGGGACAGUAUUUGAGAUUGCCCAUGGUCUGCUGGAUAUCCAACACCUGACAGAGAAAAACCUGUACAACCAGAGACAGAAACUGCAUGGCGAGCACAGAGGACUCAAGCAAGAACUGGUUCGAAAACACAAGGAAGCCCUGCAGUCAUGCAAGACACACAACCUGUCUGUUCUUAGAGCAGCCCAGCAGAGGGAGCUAGAGGCUCUGGAACUGCGUGUUAAAGAUGAACAAAGGAUGAUGGAUGAAAAGAUCGUCCUAGAGCUGGAUCAGAAAGUGGUUGACCAGCAGAAUACCCUAGAGAAGGCUGGGGUUCCUGGAUUCUACAUAACAACUAACCCACAGGAGCUGACCUUACAGAUGAACUUGUUUGAACUGAUUCUAAAACUGCAACAGAAGGAAUCUCAGUCCGGAGGUCUUUUGAAGCACUGAGCCUUCGGACUCUCUGGAUCUUUCAAAUCCCACACGGUUAUUGAAAAACGGGUUUUCUGGAACUGAAAGUGACUCCUCAGGCUUGUAAUGUUUGAAAGAGGCAGACCCAUCGAGAUGGGUCUAGUCCAUGGAUCCAAGGAUUUCACUGGACUCUGGUUUCACAUGUUCAAGGAAGUUGUUGUAUAUAACUAUAUACAAUUUAAAUACUUGAACAUUUAGUCAUCUGCCUAAAAGGAACUUUCAACGGAUGAGACUAAUGGUACUAUUCUAUUUGCACUAUGAAAUGGGGAAGUGAAAAUAGGUCUUGUUUAAAAUCAAAUUGAGGCUGCCACUGGUCCCAUUUAUUUUAUAGGUUGAUCUUAAACAAAGGUCUUACUGACAGUCCUCAAAUCAUUUUUCAAAUCCAUUCCAGAUCCAAAAAACUGCAUUACUUUGAAAGAAAACUGUCCCAGUUUAAUUUGAAUUUAGUACUUACUCAGACUUUUGUGCUGAAGAAAAUGUAGUUGUAUUUAAUUUUGUGUUUUAACCCUGUGGACUGACUCUUCCUUUCAUAUUUGUUAGAUCUCAGUGAGUACAGUGUCGGUGGGUGCAAAUUAGGGCCAUGAAGAAAUCCAAAACCUUACCAAGGACGCUGCCUCGUGUAUAUUAAUGCUUUGAAUGCAUUUCUGUGACUUGCCCAUUGAUUGUGCAAUAUAGAAUUGUUGCGUUCUGUUAUUUUUAAUUCAGCCAAAUUUAAUUUGUAAUAUGAUGUGCAGUGUCUGAUCACACAAUUUUGCAAACAAAUCUACUCAAUGUUUAUAAAUAAAAUUGUUUAAUUUAGUUGAUAGCUGUUGUUAAUCUGAGUUCUCCCCUCAAAGCACAUAGUGUACAGCAAAUCACAGAUUUAAUAUAGGGCUAUGAAGGCUUCUGUAAUGUUUGUGUUGCUUAUUUAGAUUAUCAUGCACAUGUUUUUUUUUUUUGUUCAUUUAUUAAUUGUAAUGAGAAACAGUAAAUGUGACCUAGUAGUCUGUUUUGGCUACUAUGUUGAAACACCAUAUGGAAUAAAUAUUUUCAUUGUU